AUGGCAGACGCCCAGCAAUCGUCCACCUCUGGCGUGCGCCGCAGUACUCGAACACGCGUUGCCACUGCACAAAAGUCUAAACCCGAGGAACUAGCGGAUGUCGAGUCAUCAGAGCUCAGCGAGCUGAGUGACGAGGAAAGCUCGGAUUUCGACGAACCUGCUCACCCUGCCAAACGUGCAAAGCUUGCGGUUGAAGUGUCGCCCAAAAAGCGCGUCGUUCUGGCGCGUCGCAAGAAGAACCUCAGUCUCCUUCCUACAGUGCCGUUUGAUGUUCUAAUGGAGGUGUUGGCACGGCUGAGAGUAGCGGACAUCAUCGCCCUGUCACGCACUUCGAAGGAAUUCAGGGGGCUUCUCCUGUCGAAGAGGUCGCUUUCAGUGUGGAAGGCAGCGUUGGACGCCGAGGGGUGUUUGGAAUGCCCAGCAGACCUUUCGGAGCCUGCGUAUGCUGUUCUGCUGUUCGGCGGAACAACUUGCUACAACUGCGGAACGAAAGGCAUCCAGCGCAUUGAUUUUGGUCUCAGACGACGUCUCUGCAUGCGAUGCAUGAAAGUCAAGCUCGUUUCCGAGAAGAGGUUUGAUAAGUUGUUCCCAGGCUCUGACCCCAUGCUCUUGGAGCUAAUCCCCUACACGCAUAUCGGUGGCUACUCUCACGGACACAGCCGCUUCUUCUACCGUGACGACAUAGUCAAGACACAAAACACCAUCAGGGCACUGCAACAUGCAGAAGACCCCAAGACCGCCACCAACUCGUUUUUCAAAGUGCAGAGAGACAGAACGUGGACCAUCAUUUCGACCCUUCGUGAAUAUGAAACUUGGGCUGAGAAUGCGGCUGUCCGGAAGGUCGUCGAGUCAAAGUCUCGCGUUGCGCAGAGAUGGGAAGAUAUCCAACAGCGAUUCCGCAAUCUCGGAUACAUCAACAAAGAUAUUGCGGCUAUCAAGUCCCAUCCGAGUGUCAAGAGCGACACGCCCCUGACGAAUCAAGGAUGGGGACGUGUUCGACCGCGGCUCGAGGCCCUCGUCCUUGAGGCCAAGAAAGCGCGGAUCGAGAAAUCUCGGGGCGACUCACUGUCGGAUGCGUACACCAAGUACAUGCGCACGCUGCGCCCCACGCAGUGGGCCGCGCUCCCGAGAACACGGGAACUCCGCACGCUUCCAGCAGUGCAGAGCCUCUUGCAGCGGGAUAUCGACUCUGACGUCCCAGCAGACGAGUUCUUUGAUGUUUUCAACGACGGUGCUACGAUCCAGACGUGGCUUGAGGGCCGACAGCACGUGCUCGAGUCUGUGAUCAAGUCAAGCUUAUCGUCGACUGUUCCCGCCAAUUCAUUAUCCUCGACAUCAGUGGAGCAUGUUCUCGUCUGCACUGCACCUGGUUGCGAUCGGCGCUGGGGCUCUGGAAACCGGAUAUCCAUCUCGCUCGCAGACGCCCUCACCCACCGCUGCGAGUCUUUUGCGCGUAGUACUAACAAACCCGAUAUUUUUGAAUUCGCGUACUCGCCCCGCGCGGCGGCUGCGGUGAAGCAUAUUCUGUCUCUUCUCAAGGUCUCCCCGACGACGACGUCGGCGAUGGAGCUGGAUAGAAUCGACAGCCUCUUCGUCUGCUGUAAGUGCGCCCCCAGAGUGCGCGUCAAGGACGGCAAGCGGCUCGCUAGCUUCGAAGUGUUCACAUGGCGUGAGGCAGUGUUACAUUACUACAAGGAUUGCAUAGCGGAUAUUCGUUCUGAUAUCACCGACCCCCAGUUUACGCGCACGUCCCUGCUCGACCCGAAUCUGCAAGGCGACGACUCGGCUGCUACCUGCAGGAAAAUCUGGUCCUGUCUGCAUUGCGCGAUCCACCUCCUCAGCUGGGUCAAUCGGCACGAAGUCAUCGCACACGUUAAAUCCGCACAUCCGAUUACCAAUCCCGCGGAACAUGUCGACUUCUUUGCUGAUCCGCUUGCGGGGGAGCGCCCUGCGUCACAAUGGCGACUCUGCAUCCCCGAAGGGACGGAACCGACCCCUGCGCUCAGAGGUCUCGUCGUAGCCGUGAAUCAAGCCGCUGCACCCGCUGCUCGUCCAGAUCCCAAACAGCUGUUUCGCUGCAAACUUUGCAGCCCCUCGUCAACUCGUCGAUUCAUCCUGGAUGGCGUCCAGAGCCACAUCAACGCCGUUCACAAGAUCCCGCAGCGCGUUCAGCGCCCGAACGAACACUUCGAGCAAGCGUAG